UGUGAGGAGGAGGCCGACUGUUGUACUGUUGUUUCGGUACUUUUCGAAUCACGGCGUGAUGUUUCCUGCCGUGCUAAAAGAGCAGCGAGUUCUUCACGAACGCGAGAGAGUUCAGCCUCAGUUUGUUCAUUCGUCUCUCGAGCUAACAUCAAGGCUUCUUCAAGUUCAAAUAUCUUAGACUCAUCGUCUGCAUUGAGGGAUUCUAAUGUGGACUUGGUUAUCUUCUCCUCUUCCAUGCGAAACUCUCGAGGCCCGAAAAAUCUGCUCCUAAGAUCCCCAAAUGAACAGUCGCAUCGUGAUCGUACCGUCGGUAAACUGAAGGGGAAAGUUUCCGCAACUUCGAAUCAGGCACGCGGAAUAAGGCCCUUCUCAGCAGGCGGUAACCCAGCAUGUGAAACACAUGGCCCAAUAAACUUAACUUAUUGUGCUGGAUGCAUUCCU